AGCAUGGUUUUAUUAUGAUUUUUGAGCGCCAGGUGGCUGCAUUUUUGUUGUCCAUUUGUCGAACGGUACACUACAGACUACAGAUCUCAGCGCCAUUACAACGAUAAAUGUCAUUGUACCUGCGUCCCACAAAACCGAUUUUGAAUCGUUAAUAAGUUUUAAAUAAACGAAAUCUACCGAUAUGUCGACUAAACGGAAAAAUCCGACGAACAACAAGAACCGUACAAAAUCGAGAAAGGUCGAAUACGAUGAAGAAGACAUCUCUAGCGAGCAUGAUUCGGAUGUUGAUGACGCCGAGACCGGUUCGAAUGCUGAGGGUGAGGACGCUGUCGAAGAUGAUCUUACCGAUGUCUCCAGUAUCCCAGAAUUACCACCACCUGAGGGUGGGUGGGGAAAACCUGGAACACUACUCAUGUGUGGUCUCACAAAUUGGGAAAUGGCUGGUCGCAAAGCUCCACCAAAAGGAGUUAAGGCUAAUGUGGGACGCAGUUUAUGGACACCGCAUACUUUUAAAAACCUGAAUGGCGCACGCGUUAGAUUGGUUGCCUCUGGUCCUGCAGCUUCUCAUAGUAUUAUUGUUACGGAGGAUAAUAGAUGCCUUGCUUUUGGUAGAAAUGAUAAAGGGCAGUUGGGUGUCGGCGAUAUGAAACGUCGAGAUGAACCUACCGAAGUUACAGCACUGAAGGGACAUACCGUUAUAGCAGCAUCUUGUGGUCGUAAUCACACCUUAUUUUUAACAAGUCGUGGCAUAGUUUUCGCAGCCGGAGACAAUAAAUUAGGCCAAUGCGGUGUUGGAAAAUCUGAUGCGUGCAUUAUUUCUGCUACUAAAGUUAAAUAUACUGGUCCACCUAUAGUGAAAGUAGGAUGUGGUGCAGAAUUUUCAAUGAUUCUAGAUAUAAAAGGUGGCUUGCACUCAUUUGGAAGCCCAGAAUAUGGAGCCUUAGGUCAUAACACUGAUGGAAAAUAUUUUAUAACAAACGCAAAGAUGGCGUUUCAUUUUGAAAAAGUGCCUAAGAGAAUCGUUUUUUACGUUGAAAGAUCAAAAGAUGGCCAUCUUACACCUUUGGAUCGUGUGGAGAUUACAGACUUCAGUUGCGGUCAUUAUCAUACCGUCGCUAUUGAUAGUAAAAAUCGUGCAUUUUCUUGGGGAUUUGGCGGUAUUGGCCGCCUGGGUCACAAUGAGCAACGAGAUGAGUUCGUGCCUCGUUUAAUUAAGUUUUUAGAACCACCUAAUCGUGGUGUUAGAGCCGUGCAUUGUGGUAGUACCUAUAGUAUUGCCAUUAAUGUCCAUGGAACAGCCUUAAUGUUUGGACAAACAAAACGUACUGGAGAAGCCAAUAUGUAUCCAAAACCAAUUCAAGAUUUGUCUGGCUGGGAAAUUAGAUGUGUUGGUUGUUCUCAAACUAGCGUAGUAGUCGCAGCUGAUGAGUCGGUUAUUGCUUGGGGUGCUAGUCCGACAUUUGGCGAAUUGGGUUUUGGCGAAAUGCGUAAAUCCUCGACUACUCCGAUGGAAGUGAAAGCACUGGAAGGUUUAUACAUUACUGCCAUUACCUGUGGUAUUUCUCACACACUUAUGAUUUGUCGAGAUGAAUCCGAAGAAGAGAAAACUAAAAUCAACAAACUUCAAGUAUAUUCAGUUUAAAUUACAUGGUUUGCACAAAAAGCUACCAAAUUCCACGUUCGCGUGCUACCAAAUUUUUCUGUGUUCAUCACAAUCAUUGCCACACUUUAUGAUCAGAUUAUAUAAACGGAAAAUACAUCAUUAUACGUGACGAUAACUUAUUUCAGUAACUUAAAGCAUAGAUGAAACGAUCUGCGAGCAGUUAUUAAUAGACUGUAAAAAACGUCCAUACAAAUACAGACUUAACUAUUAUUUUACUAUGUA